CUGCUGAGGCUGGUUCCUAAGACAACCCAGGAAACAAGCAUUUGCAUGAGAGAGCGUCGUUCCAGCAGCACACUGAGCUGAAUGUGUGCAGGAGGAGGCAGGAGAGAGGAAACAGUCCGGUCUGACUGCACCGAUCAGGAUUUAUGAUGCUCAGCUCCUCUCCGGUCCUUUAAACCGAGCCGUUAGAGAAGCUGCUGGACAUCAUUUCUGCGGAGACCUCUGGCUUUGUUCCACCACCUACAAGAUGCAUAUGAAUAGCUUAUUAAAUCAAUGGACGGACAUCUCCAGAAUGUGUGAUGUGGACGUGUCCUCAGAGCCCACCAGUCCGACCCUUUAUGGUGAAUCUUCAGACAAAUACUACCAUGUGGAUCGCUGGCAGAAACUUCGCACAGCUGUCCGCAAACUGGAGUUUUGGGAAAACUUCAGUGCUGAGCUGAUCGGGAGUGGCUUCUUCUCCAAAGUCUAUAAGGUGAUGCACAGCACCAGUCGGAAGGUGAUGGUGGUGAAGAUCUACAAAAACGACGUAGACCAAGACAGCAUCAUACGAGAGAUCAGCCUGCUGCAGAAACUCUCCCACCCCAACAUCGUCAGAUAUCUGGGAAUCUGUGUGAAAGAAGACAAACUCUAUCCAAUCUUAGAGUACGUGAACGGUGGCUGCCUGGAGGAGCUUCUGGCCAGGAAGGAUUUUCCUCUGUGCUGGAGAGAGAAGGUGGACCUGGCCUGUGACAUCAGCAGAGGAAUGAUCUACCUGCACUACAAGAACAUCUACCACCGAGACCUCAACUCCAAGAACUGUCUGAUCCGGGUGACGUCUCGCGGUCGGGAGGCCCUGGUGACGGAUUUUGGCCUGGCCAGGGAAGUAGUGGAGCUGCCAGUGAAAGACCCCGGCAGGAAGCUGUCCCUGGUGGGCUCAGCCUUCUGGAUGGCCCCAGAGAUGCUCCGAGGAGAGCCGUACGACCGGAAGGUGGAUGUUUUCUCCUUUGGCAUUGUGCUCUGUGAAAUCCUGGCCAGGAUCCCUGCGGACCCAGAGAUACUCCCCAGAACCCAGGACUAUGGGCUGGAUGUGAAGGCUUUCAGGGAGCUGGUGGCUGACUGCCCUCAGCGUCUCCUGGAGUUAGCAGCCAGCUGCUGUAUGGUGGAGUCCUUCCGACGGCCGGCGUUCACAGAGCUGCUGGAUGAGAUGAGCGAAGUCGCUGAGAGUCUGGAGCCACCACCAAAAUCUGACCUGACCACGAGCUGAACGGUGUCUCUGUAGACCUCACCUGUCCAGCAUCAGGAGCAGAGGCUCUGGGAUUAGCAUCGGUCGCUGUCUGGACAGUAGCCUGGACGGAGUUAAAUAUAAAAACGCACCUGGAUAUCUCUGUGGCAUCACCUCUGCUCCUCCACACAACACACCACCAUGGCUGAACUGGUCCUCACUGAGCUGCUGCAGAUGUCGUGUGUUUCCAGAAGGCAGUGGAAACUCUCCUGACGUCCGCGGACUCUUUGCUUCGACCACCAUAGUGUACAGAUCAUUAGCGGUUAGGAGUGAAUGCACUCAGUUUAGUUGUUCUUUGACUAAAAGGUCUCAUCCUGUCCUCUCUUUGUGGGGGUUUGUUUGUAACUGACGACACAGAUCAGCAGGUCUGUGGAUGUUCUCGUCCUCUUCUGUCUGCUCCCCUGGUCCCUUUGGAUUCUUCUCCAUCAGGAAGCUCCAUGUGUUGACUGAGUGCUCUGCUCUCUGCUUGGACUUCAACAAAGGGAUCACUUCAUACCCAGCGGGACACAAAACUCCUUCAGAAAGCAGAGCAAAUGUGAAUAUCAGCUUUAGGUUUGACUUUAACAAUCCAUAGUCACACUUCCAGUUACAACAUCUCAGUUUUAGCUCUUUGUUUUUCCCAUAAAAUGGUAAUUUUUGUUAAAAAUACUGAAAAGCUCCAACAUAUCUCCUCUCCAGGGACACAGAAAAAAAUCAUUUUGCACCUUUAGCUUUAUUUAUCAGAAUUACUUUGCAGUUUUGAAUUAAGUGGAUUUUGCUCACAAGAACUACAAAUUUGUGUCCAGUGAAAUCACAGAAAUGUUUCAGAGCGAUGUGCCCAGUCUGACGUCUUUCUCUUGUUUUGCUUGGUCACGUUUUGUCUUUACUUCUCUGGGUUAAUGGAGUUACUUUGAAUAUGUGCGUGUAAAUACUUAAGCUUUUCUCUUUCACUCACUGCUUUUAAAAAGAAACAAAAAGCAUCUGCCACACAUUCUUUUGAGUUUAUGUUCUGGUCAUGUGUGGUCUUCUGGAGGUUUUUCAGGCAGCUAUGAUACACAGCGCAUUGAUUUCUAUCCUGUUGACUUUAAUUUGCCUUUUUUGAUGGAAAAUGUAAAAUAAUAUGUAACUUUAUUUCCCAUUUAGCAGACAGCUCUCUAUUCGAGGGUACGAAUGUUCAUUUGCAUUCAGGAAUGGCUGUUUCAGUUUUCACAUUCCAUCAUAGAAAACAAAUGGAAGCAUUUUCAUUUAAUCUACUUCAAUAAAGUUUGAAAAAAAUGUCGAUAAA